CUCACCGUGCAGCCAAAGUUUUCCAAGGAAUCUCAAACGAGGAGUAUCCGCGGUGGAUGAGCUGCGGAGCACUUUUUUUUUUUUUUUUUAAUGCGGGAUUUAACGCGACUCCCUUCCCGGUCGACUUUAUGACAAAGACCGUAAAGCGGCCACCUUAGUGCGGAGCCUUCUUUCACGCGCCAAUUUGAUUCCUAAAGGAUGUAUUUGUACUGAAAGAGCGCCACAAAGUGCUGGAAACCUUUUUCCACCGAAAUGGAAGGGAAUAUUCCGUGGAUUAUUUUGUCAUUUUUAUUGUUCAUGCAUCUUUCCGAAGGUUUUCGUUGCACAGAUAAUUACAGGCCGUGUGAAAACGGAGGGACCUGCAUAGAGUCGCCCCCACGAUGCAUAUGUCGUAUGGGAUUCAUCGGUCCACUCUGUCAGCACCCGGAUCCCUGUCAUCGAUCGCCGUGCCUUAAUGGGGCAGCUUGCAGGAGCCAAGUGGUCAACGGUAUCCCUCAAUAUAGCUGUGUGUGCCAGAGGGGAUUCCGAGGCCAAGACUGCUCACUCAUUGACGCCUGCGCCACGAGUCCAUGUGCCAAUGGUGCCCGCUGUGCCAACUGGAAUAACCACUACAACUGCUCCUGCCCACCGGGCUUCCAGGGAAAGAACUGCCGUAGCGACGUUGACGAGUGCCGUAAACCCGGCGCUUGUCUCAAUGCCGGCCUCUGCCUCAACACCCAUGGGUCUUUCCGCUGCCAAUGCCCGCCCGGGUACAGUGGACGCACGUGCGAGGUGUCCACCCAGCCUUGCGCUCCCUCGCAGUGCCUCAACGGCGGCACCUGUCGCCAGAUCAGCGACCAUUCCUAUGAAUGUGCAUGCCUGCCAGGCUUUGAGGGCCACAACUGUGAGAAUAAUGUGGAUGACUGCCCGGGCCACAAGUGUUUGAAUGGAGGGAUAUGUGUAGAUGGCGUCAACACAUACAAUUGCCAGUGCCCACCUGAAUGGACAGGCCAGUACUGCGCCGAGGACGUCAACGAGUGUCUAAUGCAGCCAAACGCUUGCCACAACGGAGGAACGUGCUUCAACACCAUCGGAGGUCACACGUGUGUCUGCGUCAACGGCUGGAUGGGCGACGACUGCAGCGAGAACAUCGACGACUGCGCCAUAGCCGUUUGCUUCAACGGAGCCACGUGUCACGACAAAGUCGCCUCCUUCUUCUGCGAGUGCCCGGUCGGAAAGACGGGUUUGCUGUGCCACCUGGAGGACGCAUGUGUGAGCAACCCCUGCAACGAGGGUGCCGUGUGCGACACGAAUCCUCUCAACGGGCGUGCAAUUUGCACCUGCCCUGCUGGCUUUGUGGGAGGAGCUUGUAACCAGGACAUGGACGAAUGCAGCAUUGGCGCAAACCCAUGUGAGCACUUUGGGAAGUGCCUCAACACCGAGGGCUCGUUCCAAUGUCAAUGCGGCCGCGGAUACGCCGGGCCACGUUGUGAGAUCGACAUCAACGAAUGCCUAUCCAUGCCCUGUCAGAACGACGCCACUUGCCUUGACCGCAUCGGAGAGUUUACCUGCAUCUGUAUGCCAGGCUACAUGGGCACUUAUUGCGAAACGGACAUAGAUGACUGUGAAAGCAACCCGUGCGUAAACGAUGGAAUCUGUCGGGACAUGGUCAACGGUUUUACGUGCACCUGUCAACCUGGCUUCACCGGCACCAUGUGUCAGAUCGACAUCGACGAGUGCGCCAGCACGCCCUGCCAGAACGGCGCCAAGUGCUACGACCGACCCAACGGCUUCGAGUGCCGUUGCGCCGAAGGUUACGAGGGCACGCUCUGCGAAAGCAACAUCAACAACUGCCAGCCAGACCCGUGCCACCAUGGCACUUGCAUAGACGGCAUCGCUAGCUACACAUGUGAAUGUGACGCCGGCUACACGGGCUACCGAUGCGAGAACCAGCUCAACGAGUGCCACAGUAACCCUUGCCAGAACGGAGGCAAAUGUGUGGACCUGGUCAACAAAUACAUCUGCCAGUGCCAGCAUGGAACAUCAGGCACCAACUGUGAGAUCAAUUUUGACGAUUGUGCCAGCAACCCGUGCGACUACGGCGUCUGCAAAGAUGGCAUCAACCGGUACGACUGCGUUUGCAAGCCUGGCUUCACUGGUCCCAAGUGUAACGUGGAGAUAGACGAGUGUGCUUCGAGCCCCUGUCGAAACGGAGGCACGUGCGUGGAUGAGGAGAACGGCUUCCACUGCCAGUGCCCUGAAGGAUUCAAGCCCCCGUACUGUUACUCGCAGGUGGACGAGUGCGGCAGCAGCCCCUGUGUCCACGGCGCGUGCAGGGAUGACAUCAACGGUUACCGCUGUGACUGUGAGCCCGGCUGGGUUGGGAAGAAUUGCGACCUGGACCGGAACGACUGUUUGCCAAGCCCCUGCCAGAACGCGGGCACCUGCAUCGACCAGCUCAACGGCUUCACCUGCAAGUGUCGCCAGGGCUUUAAAGGCAACCUGUGCCAGGUGAACAUCAACGAGUGCGCGUCCAGUCCCUGUCUGAACAAGGGCACAUGUGUAGAUGGCGUGGCUAGCUUCACCUGUCUGUGCGAGCUGCCCUACAGCGGUCCCACGUGCGCUGAAGUGCUCACUCCGUGUUCACCGAACCCCUGCGCUAAUAAGGCCGUCUGCAACCACACCCCAGACUACCUGGGCUACCAGUGCAACUGCCAGCCCGGUUGGCAAGGGCAACUGUGUAACAGAGAUGUGAAUGAAUGCCUCUCCAAUCCCUGCAAGAACCGCGGCACCUGCUCCAACACGCUCGGGUCUUUUGUGUGCUCCUGCAGGCCCGGCUUCACCGGGCCCACUUGUGACACGGACAUCAACGACUGCUCGCCCAAUCCAUGUCUAAGCGGAGGCUCGUGUGCAGACAGCGUCAAUUCCUUCCACUGCAGCUGCCUGCCGGGUUUCACCGGGCCUCGCUGUGCUUUGGAGAUCAACGAAUGUCAGAGUUUGCCCUGCAAAAACGGUGGCACGUGCACAGACUACGUCAACUCCUACACAUGCACCUGCAGGCCCGGCUUCACCGGCAUCCACUGCGAGAUCAACAUACCGGAUUGCACGGAAAGCUCAUGCUUCAAUGGAGGGACGUGCACAGAUAAGAUCAACGGCUACUCGUGUACAUGCCGCUCAGGCUUCACAGGCUCCCACUGCCAGUACGAGGUCAACGAGUGCGACUCGCAGCCUUGCCUCAAUGGGGGUCUCUGCCAGGAUGCCCUGGAGUCAUUCCGCUGCACGUGCCCCAAAGGCUAUGCUGGCACACGCUGUCAGACACCAGUUGACUGGUGCAGGCGCUCCUCCCCCUGCCAGAACGGAGGACGAUGUCGUCAAAAAGACUCAUCCUAUAUGUGCGACUGCGCUCAUGGCUGGUCCGGACGUUACUGCGACAUCCCAAGGGUCUCCUGUGAGAUGGCAGCUCGCCAAAGAGGAAUCCAGACGGAUGAGCUGUGCCACCACGGUGGCCACUGCGUCAACACGGGCAACACUCACUACUGCAAGUGUCCAGGCGACUACACUGGCAGCUACUGCGAGAGCCAAGUGGACCAUUGCGAGGACAAACCCUGUCGCAACGGCGCCACCUGCAGGGGAUACGUUGGAGGAUACCAGUGUGACUGUAUGCCUGGUUUCACUGGCCAAAACUGUGAGCUGGAAAUCAACGAAUGUCAGUCUCACCCUUGUCAGAACGGAGGCACUUGCAUCGACCUGGUCGGACAUUACAUCUGCUCCUGUCCUCCUGGCACACUUGGUGUACUCUGCGAGAUCAACGAAGACGACUGCGCUCCGCCUAUGAGACCUCGUAGCGCUUCCCCUAAAUGCCUCAACAACGGCACCUGCGUGGACCGAGUGGGCGGCUACCGCUGCAACUGUCCGCCCGGGUUUACUGGCGAGCGCUGCGAGGGGGACAUCAACGAGUGUCUCUCUAACCCUUGCAGCCCCUCUAAUAGCCUGGACUGCAUCCAGAUGCCCAAUGACUACCAGUGUGUCUGCAAGACUGGUUUCACAGGUCGAAGGUGUCAAAACAGGUUCAGUGCAUGUGAAUCUCAUCCUUGUCAAAACGGAGGAGCAUGCUCAGCAUCCAGUUCUGUUGUUGGCUAUACGUGCACGUGUCAGCUUGGUUACACGGGACCCAACUGCGAGCGAAGCAUGUCCUGCCGCGAGCUGUCUUGCUACAAUGGCGGAAGCUGCGCUCUCACCACCCGCGGGGCACGCUGUACCUGUCUGCCCGGCUACGGCGGGCCGCAGUGUGCACACCGCAGCAACGAGGGCUGCUCCUCACAGCCUUGUCGCAACGGCGGCCUGUGCACAGAGGAGACGGCCUUCCCGUUCUUCCACUGUCAAUGUCCCAGCGGCUGGACGGGCAAACGCUGCGAGCAGGCCGGGAGAGUGAACGAGACCCCGGCCCCGUCGUGCCCGCUGGCCGACUGCCACGGCAAGGCCAACGACGGCGUGUGCGAUAAGGAAUGCAGCACUUUGGCUUGCCGCUGGGAUGGGGGUGACUGCUCCCUGGCGGUCAAUCCUUGGGCCCGCUGCGCCGACCCUCGCUGUUGGAGGGGCUUCAACAAUAGUCAGUGCGACAUGUCGUGCAAUAACGCAGACUGCCUCUAUGACAACUUUGACUGCAAAACCAAGGAGAAAGUUUGCAAUCCAAUAUACGAAACCUACUGUAUCGACCACUACGCCGACGGCCUGUGUGACCAAGGUUGCAACACGGAGGAGUGCGGCUGGGACGGCCUGGACUGCGCUCAAAAGGUUCCUGAAGACAUUGUGGACGGCGCCUUGGUCCUGGUGGUGCUGCUGCCCCCGGAGGAGCUUCUCCGCACCAGCACGGCCUUCCUGCUCAAGCUGAGCGCCAUCCUUCACACCACGUUGCGCUUCCGGCUAGACCACAACGGCGAGGCAAUGAUCCGGCCCUACACCCGGCGGGAGGCGAGGCUAAAGCGGGAGCUGCAGCCUCAGCAGGAAAUCAUUGGCUCCAUAGUGUACUUGGAAAUCGACAACCGCUUGUGUAACGAAGACUGCUUCCCAUCGCCCGAGAGCGCCGCCGACUACCUCGGAGCCUUGUCGGCCGUCGAAAUGCUCCGCUUCCCGUACCCGCUCAAAGAAGUCCGGGGUGAAAAAAUUGUGGACGAAGUGGACCCGAUUCCUCAAUGGGGCAAGAUAAUGCUGGUCAGCAUCGCCUCGCUUUUCCUGCUGGUCAUCAUGAUUAUUGGAAUGCUGAUUACCCGAAGAAAGCGAGAGCACAGCACGCUGUGGUUCCCUGAGGGGUUUUUCCUCAAGAAGGAACCCAGCAGCAAUAAGAACCGAAGGGAGCCGGUGGGCCAGGAUGCUCUCGGAAUGAAACAUAUGCCCAAAACUGUCGAGGAAUCUCUGCUCGGAGAUCACAGCGACCAGUGGAUAGAAGCCGACUGUCCAGAGCCCAAACGACUGAAGAUGGAAGAGCCAAGCAUGCUGUCAGACGGCGAGGACGCUGUUGACAGCCGACAGUGGACGCAGCAUCACCUGGCGGCGGCGGACAUCCGGGUGCCGCCCACCAUGGCGCUCACACCUCCACAAGGAGAGUUUGAAAGUGACUGCAUGGACGUUAAUGUCCGGGGACCAGAUGGUUUCACUCCGCUGAUGCUGGCGUCGUUCUGCGGUGGUGGCCUGGAGUCUGAGGUCGCCGCCGAAGACGAUGAGACCGAGGAGUGCUCAGCCAACAUUAUUUCGGACCUCAUCUACCAAGGCGCGUCGCUAGCCGCCCAAACGGAUCGCACGGGUGAGACGGCGCUCCACCUGGCCGCCCGCUACGCCCGUGCCGAUGCCGCUAAGAGACUCCUGGACGCCGGGGCGGAUGCCAACGCUCAAGACAACACGGGACGGUCGCCGCUGCAUGCCGCCGUGGCCGCUGAUGCCCAAGGAGUGUUCCAGAUCCUCAUCCGAAACAGGGCCACAGAUCUGGACUCGCGCAUGUACGACGGCUCCACUGCGCUCGUACUGGCCGCCAGGCUGGCGGUGGAGGGAAUGGUGGAGGAACUCAUCACUUGCCAUGCAGAUGUCAAUGCAGUUGAUGAACUGGGUAAGUCUGCUCUGCACUGGGCCGCGGCCGUUAACAACGUGGACGCAACUGUCGCCUUGCUGAAGAACGGCGCGAAUAAAGACAUGCAAGAUCUCAAGGAAGAGACGCCUCUGUUCUUAGCGGCUCGCGAGGGAAGUUGCGAGGCGGUCAAAGUUCUGCUGGCCCACUUCGCCAACCGGGAGAUUACGGAUCACAUGGACAGGCUGCCCAGAGACAUCGCGCAAGAGCGCAUGCACCACGACAUCGUGCAGCUCCUGGACGAGUACAACACAGUGAGGAGCCCCCAGGGCCACAGCGGGCCCGGACUCCACCUUUCUGGCGGGCACACACUGUCACCCCUCAUGUGCCCGCCCAGCGCCUUCCUGCCCAGCCUGAAGAGUACCCCGCAAGGCAAGAAAAACCGGCGGCCGGGAGCAAAAGGCUCCGGGCUGGGUGGUCAGCACGCCGGCGGUCUGAAGGACUCUGUCAAAGCCCGCAACAAGAAGCUAACCUUGGACAUGCAAAGCGCCUUGCUGGAGAGCUCGGUCACCCUAUCCCCGGUGGACUCGCUGGACUCGCCCCACGGCGGGGCCAGCAACGCCGGCUACAUCACCAACCCCACGUCCCCGGUGGCCAUGCCGUCGGCAGGGCUCUUCCACUCGUCCAUGUCGGUGCCCGGCACGCCCAUGGUGCACGCAGGCAUGCUGGACGCCGGCGGCGGACCCUUCGCCGUGUCGCUGGCACAGCUCAACGACCUGGGCAACGUGUCCCUGCAGGGCCGCGUGGCGCCUGACAUGGGGCGCGGCUAUGUCCUGAGCCCGUCGGGCCAGAUGGGGCUCAACCUAGUGAGCCCCGUCAGCGUGCCCUUCGACUGGCACGCCCGGGCGCCCGUCACCCAGUGCGGCCAGCAGGUGCUGAGCCUGGUGCAGAACGGCCAGCCCUCGGUCAUGCGCCCGCCCGGCCCGGCCGUGCAGCAGCAGAGCAUGCUGAUGCACCAGCAGCAGAUGUACCGCGGCGCCAUGUUGCAACCCACGCCCGUGGGCUCCACGCCCAGCGUGAGCCCGGUCAAGCUGCCCUCCAUCACCGAGCAGCAGGUCAUGGGCCACAACAUGAGCGGCCAGCAGAAUCUGCCCCGCGUGGCCUCGUCCACACCGCCCACGCCGCAGACCUCGCAAGCCCCGCCGCCACCCCCUUUCUUUCAGCAGCCUGCCCCUCAAGCCCCGCCGGGCGUGGCCCCGCCCGUUCAAGCCCCGCCCCACCAGGAAGAUUACCCUACCCCACCGUCGCAACACAGCUAUACGUCGACGCUCGACGCCACGCCCAAGCAUUACCUGCACCUUCCCACCGAGCACCCCUACCUGACCCCCUCGCCCGAGUCGCCCGAGGCCUGGUCCAGCCCCUCCCCUCAGUGCGUGUCCGACUGGUCAGACUCCACGCCCAGCCCUGCCGUCGCAGGCUCCGCCCAGACCCAAAUCCCCCAAGUCACAGAGGCCAACAAAAACAUGCAGGUGUUUGCUUAAAGAUGCAGUUCACGUGUCAGCCUGUUUCCAAGAUUUUUUAUUGGAUUUGGAUUGACCUGUUAACUUAUUGGCCGCCAUUGACGGCGAUAGACGUCCAAUCGGUUCGAAGCGGGAGGAAUCGCUAAUACCGUCCCGCUUCAGCCAAACUGGUCGUCUACUCGUGAUAAACUCAUUUCAAUUUACAGUAGAAAGACGAUUGAACGCCACACGAUUGGACAUCUAUCACCGUCAAUGGGAAGGACCGUUUGCGGCCGGCCGGUGAGACACAGUAAAGGGAAACGUGUGUUGUCUGACAAACCAGCAGACAAUUUAAUGAAGUAAUUCUGUCACAGAUGGACUUUAUUAUUAAAAAAAUAUAUAUGAAGAAAACCAAGUCUUUUAUUUCAAAAGACUUUGGCUUACUCUCCUGAAAACUAACAUUUAAAAGUAGAUCAAAGUUGAAGGGAAUUCAUCUAUUUUUAUUUAUUGUUUGUAUUUUUGUAGCUAUUUUCACACUCCUUGUCCUAGUUUCACAUAAAAAAAAAAAAAAAAGGGCCACCUCCUUUCAUUUGAUUUCUAUUUUGUCUAAUUUAAUUUAUCCUCCAAGCCUGCUCGUCGCCUCUCCUGGUAUUUAUUCAGGCCCGUUCAAAUGUUGCCCGUCAAUUUUUCUUUAGCGGAAUAAAAAUAAGAAUGUAGACGAGUGUGUCCGAAGCACUUCAAGUGGUGACUGGUCAAACGAAUUUAUAUUUAUGACGGGAAUAGAAUUGAAAGUAUGUCUAUUAUUUUUUUGGUUUGUUUUUAUGAUGGCCUUACAAAAAAAAAAAUCCGCCUCUUAUUAAUAUUUUAGUUUUUCAUUAUCAUUUUAAAGGCCAAUUUGCCUUUAAAAUCCGCCUUGUCACUGCCUUUGUUUUUGACUGUAUUUUGUUUGUACCCUUGUUAAUACAUGCAUUCCUUUUUGUAGUUGUCACCUCAUACUAAGCUCAUCGGCUGCUAUUGAUUUGUUUCCAUCAGUCUUCCCUUCAAAUUUUAAGAUACAGUGAUCCCUCGCUACUUUGCGCUUCAGACUUCGGGCCCUCAGUCCAUCGUGGAUAUUUUUUCAAUUAAAAAAAAAAAACAAAAAAAAAAAACAGAUGAACUGAGCUGAGCCGAUCGCGUAAUCUGCUCUUUGUUGCUCAGGCAGUGCACUGGAGUUGCUUAUUAUGGUUAACGAUGAUUGACAUACGUUUAGUGUUUGAUCUGUGAAGCUUCAAAGCUCCACAUGCGUCAAUCAUCAUUUAACUUGUUAAACAGUUGCUGUGGCAACUCAAUGUGAGUAAGUGAGCAGCUUGAACGGACUUGAGUGGACUCACUCAAUGAAGCAAUUAAUUAAGCAUUUUUCUACUUUAUUCUUGUUUAAAAAGUAUUCAGUGGGACAGAAACAUGUUUAAAACUUAUAAUUAUUACAUUGGAAGUGCCUGGGAUCGCAAUGCAGAAAUUGCAGACAUCAAGGAGUUGUCGAGAUUUUCUUUUUCAAAUAUUUACCCUUUUAAACAUUUUUUUCUUUUUUUUUCUUUUUUUUUUUUUUUGAUCAAUUACUUAUCAUCUAAAAUGUCGGGGAAAAUGCGACAGUAACAAAAAAAUAAAUAAAAUUAAACGGCAGUUAUGAGGUAGAUAUCCAUGACCUAGUUACAGACACUAUUUUUUUCAUUGUGAUGUAAUUUUUUUAAAAGUUUAAAAUAUGCGCGUGAAUAAUUUUACAAAGUUGUUUUUUUGUUUGUUUUGUCUUUAAACUAAAUAGUGGAAAUCAAUUAAUUAUUUUAAGAAUAAUAGACAUUUUGAAUCAUAAAUAUAAUUACUUAAAUUCUUUUUAUGGCUGGGUUACAAAAAAAAAAAAAAAAAAAAUGUUAGAGUGUCUGUAAACGGGGGUCUCCAGGGUAAAACGCACAAAUUAAAAAUAGUUCAGGUGCUUAAUGCGCCAUGAAAUUGCUAUGGCAGCAUAUAGACAUAUUGUUCUAUCAAACGCAACAGUUCUUUUGGCUUAAAAUACAGCAAUUUAUUUUAAAGAGGGGUGCAGGAGCAGAAACAGCCUUGUCUGUGUUUUUUCGCCAUUCAUAUAUACAUAUAUAUAUUUCAUAUUUCACCAUAUCGUGGCAGGUUUUGGUCCCCAUUAACCGCGAAAAACGAGGGAUCACUGUAUUUCAAUUCAAGUGCCAUUACAUCUCUUGGGAUCAGAUGAAGGUUCAUCAUCCUAAAAUGAGUGUCGGGAGAGAGUAGAGGAAGGAACGCUACCAUGUAGUGCCGCGCCUUUUAGCUUUUGACACCUCCCGAGGAUGGUUGAUGCGCUCGCAAAGCCAAGCGCUUCAUUCCUAUCGGCCUUUAAACAAGAUCAAAUGACCAUUUUAUAGUUAUUCAACCACAUUUUUUAACACGAGCGGCUCACGAGCACCUACUCCAACUACUAGUCUUUCUUUAUUGUUGUCCACUUUUGUUCAAAAGUUCCACUCCGACUCGACGUAUAACUGUUGUCGUUUUUGUUCGAUUCGUUUUUGGGGUUUUAUAAAUAUAUAUGCUUAUUAUGUAACUUGCCUGCCAGUUUUUUUUUUUCCCUACCGGGUCGCACUGAGUGUUUGUACAUUUCAACUUUUCAACGUUUUCUGUAUGUACAUAUGUUUGUUCCCGGGUAGAUCUUUUGCUUGAAAAGUCUUAUGUUUCUGAAAUGGUUAUGUACUAAAAUGGACAAAAAUAAAGUGUACUUCAUUUAGCAGAAAA